AGAAAAAAACAUCAAAUAUGGUAAUGAUAUAAGCAAAGUGGAGAAGCAAUAAGAAGAAGAAGAAGGGUAUGGAAGAGGGUCGUAGAGGAUCAUCUUCAACACCACAAUCUCGUAAGAUCAUGGUGAUCGCUGAUCCGACCCGUGAAUCUGCAGCCGCUCUUCAAUACGCUCUUUCACACGCCGUGCUCGAGCAAGACGAGCUUAUUCUUGUUCAUGUUGAAAACUCUGGUGGUUCUUGGAAAAACGCUUUCUCAAGUUUUUUAAGAUUACCAAGCUCCAUCUCUUCCUCUAGCAGCGGCUCCUCCCCCGCUUCUAACGGUACCACAACCGCUUCUAACGCGGCAGCAACCGCUUUAGCCUCUGAGAUUGGUCAAGGAGAUGGGAAUUUCUUGGAACAGAUGAAACGGAUAUGUGAAAUCGCUCAGCCAAAAGUGCGUGUGCACACCGAGUGUAUAGCUAUGGAAGGCGUCAAAGCUACAGCGAUUCUUCUUCAUGGUGACAAGCUUGGCGUUGAUGUUAUAAUCAUAGGACAACGCCGGACAAUCUCAUCCUCCCUUCUAGGAACUAGGAGGCCUGGAGGGUCACUAAGAGGUUCAAAAGGAGUAGACACAGCGGAAUAUCUAAUCGAAAACUGCAAAUGCACUUGUGUUGGUGUAACGAAGAAAGGACAAAAUGGAGGCUAUGUUUUAAACACCAAGACACAUAAGAACUUCUGGCUCUUGGCAUGAUUAUAUGCAUUGCUUCUAGUCAGUUUUAAAUGCUUUCAGGUAGCUAAAAAGAACUGUGACAAAGAAUAAGAAGAAAUAUAAAGGUUACCUCCACUCAUCGAUCUUUUCUUGUUUUUUUCCUCAUCUCUAAAUUUCUAGCAAUGAAGUGUUCUUUUGUAU